CUGAGGAGCCGGGCUGCGAACAAUGCUGUAAAACACACGGCGAGGAGACACACAAGGACUCAACAAGCUCUUAAAAUGCCAGAACAAAGUAAUGAUUAUCGAGUAGUGGUGUUUGGGGCAGGAGGUGUAGGGAAGAGCUCUUUGGUCUUACGAUUUGUGAAAGGAACAUUUCGAGACACGUAUAUUCCCACUAUUGAGGACACAUAUCGCCAGGUCAUCAGCUGUGACAAAAGUGUCUGUACCCUGCAAAUCACAGACACAACUGGAAGCCACCAGUUUCCAGCCAUGCAGCGACUCUCCAUUUCCAAGGGUCAUGCCUUUAUUCUAGUUUUCUCUGUCACCAGCAAACAGUCAAUAGAGGAGUUAAAGCCAAUCUAUCAGCAGAUUCUGCAGAUCAAAGGUAGUAUAGAGAACAUUCCAGUAAUGCUGGUGGGAAACAAGUGCGACGAGACACAGCGUGAAGUGGAUACAAAAGAAGUCGAGGCAUUGGCCAAAGAGUGGAAAUGUGCCUUCAUGGAGACCUCAGCUAAGAUGAACUACAAUGUGAAGGAACUUUUUCAAGAGCUACUAAACUUGGAGAAAAGGAGAAACAUGAGCCUAAAUAUUGAUGGCAAAAGGUCCAGCAAGCAGAAGAGGGCAGACAAAAUUAAGGGGAAAUGCAGUCUCAUGUAAGAGUACAUAACCCUGGAACAUUCAUUUCAGUUCUGCAUGUGCAAGGUCAUAAAAGCGUUUCCCUUUAUUUCGAAGAGAAUUACAAUCCCUUGCUGCAUCUUAACACUGUGACUGCACAGGCAUAUACAAUCUGCCUUGCACAAUAAAUGGGCAGCAACUACAUGUUUUGCUUCAAGUCUACAUACUAUGAAAUUUUGUUAAGAACACUGAUGCAACAGUACUUUUAUCAUCUUUUGUAACAGGAUUUUGGCUUUGUGAACUUACCCAUUCUUUGAAAUGGUAAUCAAAGAAAAAA